AUGAAGUGGAGCGUGCGGGGAGCCUGCGCCGCGCUCUCCAGCUGCCUCCUGCUCGCCUGCGCCCUCAGCGCCGCCGCCGUGGGCCUCAAGUGCUUCUCGCUGGGCUCGGAGCUCAAGGGCGAGCCCUUCCGCCUGGGCACCGCCGCCGGCGCCUUCUACUCGGGGCUGCUGCUGGCCGCCGGCCUCUCGCUGCUCGCCGCUGCGCUGCUCUGCUGUCGCCCGCCCGACGAGGCGCCCGUGGCGCCGGCUCCGGCACCGGCCCCGGCCUCGGCACCGGCCUCUGCUUUGGCCCCGGCCGGGGACCCAGACCCGGCGAGCGGCGGCCCCGGCGGGGCGGAGGCGGCGGCCGCGCCGUCGGGGCCGGUGGAGAAGGCGUCGCCCGGGGGGCGGCAGAACUUCCUGCUUCUGGGGGUGCUGGUGUUCAUGCUGGGCGUGCUGAGCGCCUUCGCCGGCGCCGUCAUCGACGGCGACACCGUGUCGCUGGUGGAGAGGAAGUACUCGCACUAUUGCCUGCUGCAGCCCGGCGGCGCGGCCCGCCCGCGGAGCGGACCCGCGGCCCCCGACGGCACCGCCGCGGCGCUCCGCUGCCAGAAGCUGCGGGACUACCAGCAAGGCUUGGUGCUCUCCACCGUUUUCAACGCGCUGGAGUGCCUCCUGGGCCUGCUCAACCUGCUUCUCGUCAAGAACUACAAGGCCGCGCAGCAGCGCGGACGGAGGCGGCGGCGGCGGCGAGCGGCCCCGGCGGCGGCGGCGGGCGGGCGGCGGCGGCGGCGGAGGGGCGGCGGCGGCGGGCGGCGGGCGCCGCGCCACAGCCAGGGCUCCCUCUUCUCCGGCGGCGAGCCCGAGCUCAGCCCCGGCGACUGCCCCUUCCAGGCCGUCUCCUACAUCAACGUGGGCGUCUUCCACGUCUUCGACGAGGCCGGCGUGGAGGUGCACUGCGGCGGACAUCCCUCCGUCGAGCUGCCCGGCUACUCGCCCAUGGACCCCGAGCUCAACGCCUCCUACCCCUACUGCUACCCUCUGCCCAGCGAGCAGCCCCCCGCCUACGAGGAGAUCUACCCCGGGGAGCCCUGCGCUCACGGCACCUAGGGCCGACCGCCGCCGGGGCGCCCGGCUCCGCGCCCGACCCGCGGGUGGCCGGGAGCGCCGGGAGCGGCCCCGCCGGGAGAGCCGCCGCGGGGCUCGGGACAGCUCUCGCACCUCCGACGGGAUGGUCCCGCCGCCGCGGACGCAGCGGGACACAGGCGGCGUGCCGCCGUGCCUCUGGCUCUGCGGAAGCUUCUCCUCCCUCCCUCCUUGCUCUCCCCUUCCUUCCCUCCCCCACGCCGACCCUUCGUCCUCCGGCGGCUGAAUUUUCCGAAGGCUGCGCAAGAAACGCCUAAGGGUUGGUUCCUCCCGUCGCCUCUCCUCUGUAGCCAAGUUUAGUUCCCUUCAAGUGAUUCAUCAGUCUCCAGCUUUAGCAGUCCAGAGUUACCCAUUUAUGAUAACCAGCCAGUGUAAGGAAAAGGUGUCAUGAAGCUUCUUUACCUCUCAAAAGAGCUAAAUUUCUAAACAACGCAGAGACAUUUGUGUCACGUUUACUAGAGGUGUAUUGGGGAUCUUUAACGUUUACACUACUCCUUGGGAGAAUUGAGUUCUGUUUUAAGAUUUAGUGAGUUAAAACAUUCGUUGGUCUUGUAAGAUGCACAUUGAGAAAAACCUGCACUUUGAAAAAGAAACAGGAAAAAAAUCAACAACGUUUUUGUACACUAACGUGCCUGCUUUUGUUGAUAACUUCUUACUGUAAAAGCUUUCAGAAGUCUAUAGUGAAAAUGUUUGGUAAAUUCACUGCAGUUUAAAAUUGAUGAUUAGUUCCUUUACUAAAAUAACUGAGAUGUUGCUAGGAUAUGGCAGUUAAAAAGGAAGUCCAAAUGUAGUACACAUUCCUUUUUGUAAACAGGUUCCGUGUUUUUAAUGCAAGGCAGGAUUUCUUUUUGUUUUGCACAGGUGGAGGGUAUAAUUCUAUUUUGUACAACUACAUGGUUUACUUUGUAAAGAGUUCCAUUUUACCUGUUACAAUUCAUCAAUCUGGUAAGCUUGAAUAUUAAAAGUUUUAUUUGAAAAAAAAUAUAUUUAUUGUAAACAGCCUUAACUGGUGCAGUAGUCAGUUUUAAAGGACAAAAAAAAAAAUAUAUAAACCAUCCUGGAAGACAUCUUCCAAAUGUGUUUUCAAAACAGUAUUUAUUCUCCUAUUUUAAAGCAAGGGAUUUUUGUUUGUUUGUUUGCUUUGUUUGUUUAUUUAAAGAAAGGCCAGUCUAAUUUCUGAAAAGGGGGGGGGGGAAGUGAUGGGAUCGUUAACGAUGGGAUCGUAUGCUGUUAACUCCUUGUGAACUUUGAGGUAUUAAAAAGGGUUUCUGCAAAGAGAAAAAUGCUAAAUUUUCCCUUUGGAUUCUGCUGUGAAAUGCCAGUACCAGAUAGUAUAAAAAAGUGCUAAUUGAAGAGAAUCAGAUGCGGCAUGUUUUAUUACAUCAUUUGGGAACAGACAAAGGCUUGAUUUCAUGUUGCACGAAGAACCAAAAAGCAACUCGCUCUCCCGGUUGCAUAUUGGUUCAAAACCCCCUCCUUAAGGCAUAUUGAAAUUAAGUAUUAUAAAGUAACCUUUUUGUUAAUCCUGUGUUUGGAGCCUGCUGCAUAAUGCCAGUGUAUCAGCUACCCAGGGGCUGGGGGCGUGGGGGGAAGGUGGAAGAGAGGACGGGAGGCAGAGUGGAGAGAGAGUUAGGAGAAUGCUAAGUUACAGUCUAUUUCUGUGGUUCAUGGAAAAUUAUUUUGAACUUUUUAGCUGCAGAGAGGCUGACGUAAUUUGCAGCCCUAGAACUGGAGAGAGAGAUUUGAUUCUAAAAUAUUCAAAUAUCUGCACUGUUGAUUUCUAAAAUGUUUUGACUUGCACACUUUGUAUAAUCUAAAAUGCAGAAUGCCUGAAAAGUCUUAAAGUUGCAAACUGAUGUCUGUGAAGCUCACAAUUAAAGCUCUAAUCCAGAGAAGAGAGUGAAAAGCAGCAGUUGCCAAUUUGUCAAGUAGUUCUAAAUAGCAGAAAUUUAAAAUAGAGCUCCUUUUGGCCAGCAGAUUUCCUGGUGUGGAAUGCCAGUCUAAAACAUAUGCCCUAGCUAAGUCCCAUUUUAGUACUGAAGAUUGAUUUUGUGCUGCCUCUCUGCAGAUGCACCUUCUUAACUCCUUGUGGGAAAGAGAGAAGUCCUGCAAUCUUUGCCUAUAAUACUGAUUUAGUCACGAGACCAAUUCCAUAGCAUACUUUAUUGCUCAUAUAAACAAGAUUUUGCAAAAUGAGUAACUAAAGAAGGGAGGCUAAAUUCUUAUGUUAGGUCUCCAGUUGAAUGAGUUUGAGACAGCAUAGUACCUGAUACUGAAUUAAAUGGGAACUUCUAGACUGCAGAGUGAUUUUGGAAAACAGACGAACCAGCUAGGUGCCUAAAUAGAGAUGCAGAUGUGUAAUAAUAGUUGUUGGUUUUUAAAAAAUUGGCUACAUGCAUUGUAGUUCAUGGAAGUUGUAUCCUAGUUUUACUUAAGGAAUUGAUUUUUUUUGUCAUAAAAAGACAGCAUUUUACUUAAGAUAAUUAUUUUAGGAAUUAUGAACUAGAUAAUUCUGAAACUCCAGAUGUUCCAAAGAUCAGUGCUCAGGGAAAUAAAUGGAAAGUCAAGAAAGCUACCUAUUAUACUCAAUUGUUUUAAUGUAAACAGUUUUAGACUAUGGAUUUUUAAGAUUGUUGAAGUCAUAACUUUUUUUUAUAUGUAUGUGUGUGUACAUGCCUGUGUAAGUGUGUUUGUGUUUUAUUUAAGUCUUUUCAGGAUGCCAUUGACUUAGAAUAUUUAUUUGCAGCUCAGUUUUAGUCCCCAAAUUUCUGGUUUUCUUCAUUUGGGCUUUUAUCCCUGGAAUAGUUUGGUUUAGUGGUGGACAGAUUGCCAGAAUAAUGUCCAAGUCAGACUCCCACAGAAGCCAGUAGGUGUUGUUUCAUUGACUUCAGUGGAUCUGGGCACAAAUGAUAUGUAACACCUACUCUAAAUAAUCUUCAAAGUAAUCUUGAUCUUCUGGCAUGACAGGAUGCAGCAGUGGCAUGUUAUUUCUCAGUUAUUUGUGAUUUGUAUGGAUAGCAGUAUUAAGGGAGGUCACCUAUGGUAUUAUGCAAGUGUUUUUAAAAGCAGGAAAAGGAAUUGGCAGGCAAAUUGACCAAACAAGCCAUGUUUUAUUAAAGAUGGUAUAUCAGUGUUUCAGGUAUCUGGUGACUAACUUUUCUGAUAAAACACGAAACACCACACAAAUUUAUUUCUCAGUGAGAAGAAACUUAUAAAUACAGGAUAUGAGAUGAAGCUUCACAGGCAUGAUUGCAGUAUUGUGAAGCUGUUUUUAGUAAACCUGAAUCAUCAUUCUAUCUUCUGAGCAAUAAUGUUCGAGUGUAUAAACUAUACUGUGCCAAAAUUGAAAAUAGGCUGGUGUGGGAAGCAUUGGAGCUUAGGUUAAUUACCCGAGAGGACUCCUACUAUCCCUUUAUUUCCCAUUCUCCAUCACAAUCCAGGAUUGUCAAGGUGAAUGCAAACCUGAUCAGUUAAUGUCUCUGAAGGGUGAUAACUGCAAGGCUUCUGCCUUAAGUAGCAACACCAGGGAGAACCGGAGAGAAACCUGUAUGUGCUGUGAAAUCUCCAUUCUGCCUACCUGAAGUAAUGACAAGACUUCUUUUUGCCCUAUGGCUUGUUGUUUUAGUUUGCUUCCAGCUUUACUCUCAUCUGUUCAAAGGGAGGGAAGAAUAGGCUCAAUGCUACUGUUCUGGUCACAGUGAAGUACUGAUUUAGUAGCAGACUGCUCUCAGCUUUCGUGUCCCUUCUGCAGGUAAUGGUGGCUAGUCAAGGUCUCAAACAGUGGAAAAUCAAGUCUGCUGUCUUUGAAGAGACAGGAUUUGCCUUCAUGUGGAAAAAAAAUUUAUUCCCACCAGCCUAUUAGCAAUUCACAUGAAUUAUUUUCACACUCCAACAUCCUUGCUUAAAUCUUACGUAUACUUUGCAUUGUAAUUGACAGACAGAAUAUACAUGAAUCUAAAAACAGGAAAAAAAAUUAUGUUAGAGGGAAAUUGUAUUAAAAUAGUACAGAUUUUACUCAAAGUUUGAUUUCACUGUAGGACUUCUUUGGUUCACCAAAAAGUGCUAUGGCGGCUGGUAUAAUUUAGACAUAUUUCAGACAUACUGUUUAAUAAUCAGAAAAGGUUUCUGGAUGUUCACAUGAGAACGGCAAUCUGUUUCUGCUUUUGGAUAUAGUACAUGUGAAAACCUUUUCUUCAUUUUGCCAUUUAAUCCAAGAUUGAUCCUCAAGAAAAUGUCAGUAAUUGAUCUUGUAACUUUAGGAUCAAUAAAAUAAGUUUUAAAGCACAGCAUAUCCUAUAAGAAAAGCCUAAUGCUCUUCAUUUCAUAUUCUUUAUUGUCUUAGGCGGAUGUCUAAUAGUACCACUGAAAAUAGUAUUUAAUUACCAUUUUCAUUACAAAAACUUGGUUUGCAGAGACUUACAACUUGUACAAGUGGAACUAUGAUAUAAAAUUCCAGGUUUUACCAUGAAGUUGAG